UCUGGAGCGUCGGGAAGUCGCAGUUGCGGAGGGGACGGCAGGUGAGGGCGGAGGGGUCGUUGCUGCUGCCUUCGUGCGGGCUGUCUGGAAAGACUUCGGAGCACAGCGCGCCGGAGGGCUGGUCCUCAUUCCCCAAAGUGGAGGCGUGGCGGGGGUGGCCAAAGGUGGCUUUCUAAAAGAUGACCAUAGAGGAUCUUCCUGACCCUUCUGAAGAAGGAGUUUCAUUGACUAGAAGACACCAGUAUUUUAUCUCAGGCUCUGAAGAUUCAGUCACACAUUCAGUCUCUGCUGCACCAAUGCCUUCAGAAUAUGAGUUCUCCUUUUUUGAUCCAAAUGACGCAGCAUGCCGGGAAAUUCUUUUCAACCCCAAAACUUCUGUGUCUGAAUUAUUUGCUAUCUUAAGACAGUGGGUUCCCCAAGUUCAGCAAAACAUUGAUGUGAUAGGAAAUGAGAUCAUUAAGAGAGGCUGUAACGUGAAUGACAGAGAUGAGUUGACUGACAUGACUCUCCUGCACUAUACUUGCAAGUCAGGAGCUCAUGGUAUUGGGGAUGUGGAAACAGCUGCAAAAUUUGCCUCUCACCUUAUUGACUUGGGUGCAGAUAUCAGUUUGAGGAGUCGCUGGACAAAUAUGAAUGCUUUGCACUAUGCUGCCUAUUUUGAUGUUCCAGAACUCAUUACUAUCAUUUUGAAAAAUGCAAAACCAAAAGAUGUUGAUGCCACCUGCAGUGACGUUGAUUUUGGAACUGCCUUGCAUAUUGCUGCCUUCAACUUGUGUUCUGGAGCUGUAAAGUGUCUAUUGGAACAUGGUGCUAACCCUGCUUUUAGGAAUGACAAAGGGCAGACACCAGCUGAUGUGGUUCCUGAUCCAGUAGACAUGCCACUGGAGAUGGCGGAUGCAGCAGCAAGUGCUAAAGAAAUCAAGCAGAUGCUUUUAGAUGCAGUUCCUCUGGUUUGUGAACUUUCCAAUGUAAUGCUUCCAAAUUAUGAUAAUCUCACUGGAAAAGACAUGCUUGAAUCCCUUGGUCUAAAACUGGGAGAUCGUGUUGUCAUUGCAGGACAAAAGGUUGGCAUAUUACGAUUUUGUGGCAUGACGGAAUUUGCCAGAGGACAAUGGGCUGGUGUAGAAUUGGAUGAACCUGAUGGCAAAAACAAUGGUACUGUUGGAAAAGUGCAGUACUUCAAGUGUGCUCCAAAACAUGGUAUCUUUGCACCACUCUCUAAAAUAAGUAAAAUUUCUGAACGCAAGAAAAGUACAAAAGCUUCCUCUUCACGACCUUUGCCUUCAGUCAAAUCCAGAAAAAUUGAUGUAACCCACAUAACUUCCAAAGUGAAUUCUGGCUUAUCAAAAAAAGAUGGUACUUCCAACUCCACAAAUCUAGGCAGUGAAGAAGGAAAGAAAACUGCACCAGGUAAACAAGCAAGAUAUCUUGGAUUCAGUAGCUCUUCAUCUUCAACUGUAUCAUUAGACAGCAAGCUGAAUUGUCCCAAGAAAUGGAAUUCCAUAAAUAAUAAGAAGGAAAACAGGAAAGACCAUCCUAUUUCAUCCAAAUCUAUGGCUGAAGGAAACAAUACUUCUCUAUCCGUGAAGAAAAAUGCUUUUGAUGAAGGGGAAAUUCAGACUGGAGACAGAGUACUGGUGGUAGGACAAACUGGAAUAGUUAGAUUCUGUGGGACAACCAUGUUUGCAGCAGGGCUUUGGUGUGGUAUAGAACUGGAUAAACCUCAUGGAAAGAAUGAUGGCUCAGUUGCAGGCAUACAGUACUUCAGAUGCCUCCCCAGAUACGGGAUUUUUGCACCACUGUCUAGAGUGCAGAGGCUAACAGGAUCACUAGAAUCUCUCACAGAUGUUUCAUCAAGUAAAAUGAAUAAUUCUUUCCCUGGUUUCCAACGAAGCUUCAGUACAACCUCUGCAGCUUCACAAAAAGAGAUAAACAGGAGAAAUUUCUUUGUCAGAUCAAAAAAUUCUUCUUUACGACAUAGUUGGAGCAACACUACUACUACAAGCACAGAAGGCCCAGUGAAAUUGCAUGAAGGCUCUCAGGUCCUCCUGACGAGCUCCAGGGAGAUGGGCACAAUUCGCUACAUUGGGCCCACCGAUUUUGCUCCAGGCAUUUGGCUUGGCCUGGAACUUCGCAGUGCCAAGGGCAAGAAUGAUGGCUCUGUGGGUGACAAGCGAUAUUUCACUUGCAAGCCAAAGUAUGGAGUCUUGGUGCGUCCAAAUCGAGUAACUUAUCGUGGGAUUAAUGGAAUGAAACUUGUUGAUGACAUCUGUUGAAGAAAAUUGCCCCAGUCCUGAGAUGAGAAUUUAACAAAUAAAAACAUGUGAGGGAAAUCUGACUUUUACCUGCAUGGAGCCCUGUCUUACCUAAUGUCCUAAAGCUUCCCGUCUCUAAGAUGUACACAGCUUGGAAGUGUGCAGUGACUGAAGAGUGAGAUCUUAGUAGUUUUCACUAUAAAACAAUUCUUACUUGAAUACUUCUUGUAUUAGAAACAUCUUGGAUUUGAGCUGCUCUGUUACUCCAGUAAUAACCAUUAUUUGAACUAGCUCCCUUUUGACAGGCUUUGUCCCUUCAAAAUGAGCUUUUCAUCCUGUAUUCUAGUGAAGCUAUAAUGCAUCAAGAGAUCAUAUGGCUUGUUAAAUAACUGGUUAAAUUGCUUUCUCUGGAAAUAACAGUGAGGUAGAAAAGCAGCAGGGAAGGAACUCUGGGAAGCUGUUAGCUUUAGACAGUUCCCUGAAAGCCCAAAAUGAUCAGUUGAAAAA